ACUGUCAUUCUGUCACACUUCAUUUAAACAUCACUCAUCUCUCUUUACUUGCAGCACAGUUCAUACAUACUCAUUCGCACAAAAACCUAUUCUUCCUGCAUCUAUAUCAAGACCACCAAAAGUGUAAAUACCAACAUGAGUGGUCUCCUCCUUCUAAUGUACUGCAUAGAAAUCCUGGGGGCGCAGCUGUGUGAAGCUCAGGGCAGCAAAGAAAUCGCUAUGGGUGAUACAACUCCCACUGGUCAAGAAAGUCUUCUCCCAACGAUACAAGACAACAGUUCAGCAUCUCCAGCUCAUCUCGCCAGUGCUUCCAUGGGCGUGUCUGAAGCCAGCAGCUUGAUGAACACAGAGACAAUUACAGCACUUUAUAGCACUUUACCCGCACCUGCCCCAAAGUAUCCCAUGACCCCUACUACCACCACCACCGUACCUAACAGGUUGUUUUACAGAGAGGAAUGUCUCACAGUGUUCAUGGUGUCUGGCGGACUGAUCAUAGGCUGUAGUAUUCUGCUGAUUUCUACUUUGUUGUUGACAUGGAAGGUGUGGCAGUUGAGCAGGCGCCUCAAGAUGCUGAGCAACAACGCUGACAUGAUCAGCAACUCUGAAUACUGGAUGGGAACUGCCAAGAAGCACAAAAGCAACUCAGAGACAGAAGCCAAAGAGACCAGCAUACUAAUGGCUGACUUCAGCCAAACACAGGAGGAUGGUGGUACCACCAAAGAAGAAGGGGGGAAGGUAGAAAGGGAUGGACAAAUGGGAGAAGAAAACAAGAAGGGGGUUGGAGACACUGCCAACAGGGAGGAAACUUCAGCAGGUGAGAAUAAGAAGGAGACACCUGUAACUGUUGCUGAAAAUUCUUCCUCCUCAAAGCAGCAAGAGGAUACCGCCGAUUCCCAGUCCACCAAAGCUGUCGGUGCAUCCUCCACUGAGGGCACAGAGGAACCAUUAGAUGUCGUGUAGAGUUUUGCGUAUGUUUCCUGAGCCACUGCUUUCACUUCUCUGUAGCUUUACAACAACUUCACUGUAAAUAAGGCAUACUCCUUUUUCAGCAGCUUUUUCUUCACAGUAAUUUGAACAACUGUGUGUGUUGCUAAAUCUGUCAAACUGAGCACUGAGAAUUGUGUGUUUUGAAUAUUAAAAUAUAUUAAUAUUAUAAUACACUUUUGUGCAGGUCAAUUUGUG